GAUUGAAUAAGUCUGACUAAAAUAUUAAUAUUAUAAUUCAUUGAUUUUAACUUAUGACUGCGAGUUACAAAUUGUUAAAGCUCGGGUUCGAUUGCUUUACUGAAUUUUACUUUCGCUUUCAUUUUGAUCAAAACAAUGAGCAGUUUUGGUCAUGGUCAUGACUGCAGCGCUCACAGUUCUGUUGCCCCGUCAGUGCACCAGACACUGGAUGAGAUGGAGUUUGAAAGAGGGAUUUGGUCAGCCGCCGUAAGUGGAGAUUUGGAAGAAGUGCAGAGACAUUUAGGCAAAGGAGAAAAUGCAAAUAGAAUUGAUUCCUCAGGUUACACAGCUUUGCACUAUGCCAGUAGGAAUAACCAUCUAAGCAUAUGUGAACUGUUGCUAAGGUCCGGAGCAGAUGUGAACAGCAUUACUAAAUCAGGAGUUACCCCCCUUCACAGAGCAGCAUACAGAGGGAACACAGAAAUUGUUCAGCUGUUAUUGAGAAGAGGAGCUUGUCCAACUCUACAGGACAGUGAUGGAAAAAUUCCACUUCAUAAGGCUGUGGAAAUGGAGAAGAGUGACAUAGUUGACAUUCUGGUUAAGGAGUUUCCCCAGAGUGUGUCUAUCAAAGACAACAGAGGACAGUCCCCUGGGUCCUAUGUAAAGGACCUUAACAGUCCACUGUAUUCAAGGCUGAUUCCUCAGAGUCCUGACUAACCUAGAAAAAGACAGAUUUUCUUCAGUGUGGAAAAUACUCUGCUAUUGCUUUUAUUUGUAUAAAUUAAUAAAUAACUGAUAUGUCUCUCAGGUUGAAGUGCAAUCUUUUGUAUGAAUGCAUUACAUGCUGUAAACAUAUCAUAUUUAGUGUGUACGGUAUUAUUUUUCAACAAGUUAGCGUGGAUUAGUGCAAAUCUAAAUAUACCUAUCAGGGUUGUCUCUAAAAAUUGAAGUAGAUGGGAGAAAUAAAAAAGUAGAAGGGGAUCUGAAGGUCUAGCUUAUAGCUAGAUUGUGUUUGAAAUGCAAUAAUAGCCGGGUAAUUACGUUACUUUAGGCGGGGAAAUUCCCCGCCUCCUGGGUCUUAGAGACAACCCUGACCUAUUUAUCUACUUAUAUGUUUUACAUCUGGUGAUGUACUUGAUUUAGUGGACGCCGUACGUUUUCCGCCAAAAAUGCUAAAUAGAAUACACAGCCAAUUGUUAUACGUUUACAGUAUGGAGAAAGAUUGUUUGGCCGUAAAAUGAUAAUUAUUCAUUUGAUUUCUAUAAAUUUUCAAUCCUUAAUCAUAGGUUAUAUAUUCCAUAUAACUGGUAUUACAGAGUUCUUGUUUUGAUGAACUGUUCAAUAAAAAUCAACACAUUCAUACAGUUCUCUUGUUUUUAUUUUAUACACAAAAUGAAAUUCUGAUAUUUGUACAGAAUAUCAACUUAGAUUUUGCAUUGAGUAAAAUGAUAUGUAUGCCUCACAUAUAUAAAAAUAGUUAUGAUGAUAUGUACAACUUUAGUUUCAGUACUUUAUCCAACACCUGAACUACUAAUACACUGUAUCUGAAAUAUUUAAUAUUCUCAAUAUACCGGUAAUCUACAAGUCUAAAACAACCAUUUUUUUUCAUCGAGAUAUACAAAUUGUGUAGUUAAGAUUUAAAAGUUACCAGUAAUUGCUUUUCCUAUUGUAGCAAAACUUUAUUAUGCUUUUUAAUUGUGCCACUUUCAUGUAUCUUUUGUGAAAAGAACAAAUUAUAAGCAUCUACAGUUGAAAGAUUUAAUUUAAGGGAUAUGGUCAUAAUUUUAUCUGAGAAUUUCAAACUUAUUUCCAUUCGUUAUAUUUAAACUGCUGUAUUUUCGGUACAGCUAUUUCUUUCACAUAGACAAAAUUUUAAUGUUUAGUAGUUGUAAAUUACAGAAUAAGUUAUUUACACGUGCAUGCACAAACCUUGUUUACCUAAGAAAUGUAGCUGUUUAUUUCGAUCAUAUCUCAAUAUCUAAGUUAAGGAAUAACAAACAUAAAUCAAAAUUGACAAUGAAAAUCUAAUAUGAGAUUUGGAAAUCUUCAGUUCAAAUAGUGACCAUACCCCUUUAAACCUACCAGUAAGUUCCUUUGUUUCAAUUUUGAAAAUAAUUUUAAGCUCAUGAUCUCAAAAAUUCUACAGUGGCUGUAUGAACAUUGUAUAAAAAGAAAUUCAAAAAGACUUGUAUAAAACUCAGACU